CGGGUACCAAUCCGACUGGUCCGACCAGCCGGUCCUGUCCGAUUUCUGGAACAAUGGUCCAUGUCUUUAUCUCUAUAUAAGACGAUGCAGGCUGAAGGUUGCACACUUGCACGCCUAAAGCUACCAUUCACCGCUGUAAUGGCCAGGACACGUUCUCAGACUCGACGACGGCAAGCAGAAGCUGCGGCACCGGUUGGUAACAACAACGGUGAGGUGGCUAGAACACGUUCUCAGACUCCCCGAGAACGAGCAGCAGAGGCCACGGCACCGGCCGUUAACAACAACCGUGGUGGCAACAACGGUCUGCUUGGACACAACAACGGGCUGGCCGUUAACCACAACGGUGUUGUGGGCGGUGACGACAACGGCAUUGUGACUAGUGGCAACAACGGCACCAGUGUGACCGGUGAUAACAAUGCUGUUGUGAUCGGCCACAACCCCACUGUUGGCACAGGCCACCACGUUGUUGUUACUGGCCUCCGCGUUAUUGCCGCCGGUGUUGUGGCCAGGGAUAACAACGACAGCGUGGCGGCCGGUAACAACGACGGUGUGGCUGCCGGUGACAUUGCCCCAUUGUCCCGCCUGCUGCCAUUCUUGUCUGCUUACCUUCGGGAUACGUUAGGCCCAGCUAAGCGCCAGCUCUUGCACCUCCAGGAGGUGGCGGGAUGCCAGCCGGUGGCAGCGGGGCUCCUGAAGUUUCAAUUGUUAUUUGUUUUUAUAAAAAUUAGUUUUCGUAUUUAUUUUAGGAUUUCUAACGGUAGUUCUGUCUCUCAAGAUCUGAGGAUAAAUCCUAUCCAUGGGCCUGUGAAUCCUCCGAAUCCUGAUGAAGCUCCGCCUUUGCCCCUGUGCCGCAGAGGAGAGUGAGUUUUUUUUUUUUUUGUCUAUUUGUGUACCGGAGGGGACAGUGAGUUUUUUUUUCUUUUCCAUUUGCGUAUUCGAUUUGAGUUAUUUCUUGUAUUGGUUUAUUAAAUCUUUGAGUUAAAUCAUGGGUUUCCCGGUAUUACACGGGAGAGCAGUUACUUUGGCAAUGAUUCAAGUAUCCUCAUUAAUAGACAAUUAUUUACAAC